AUAGGUGCUGCUGAGACAUCAGAGGACCCACCAUCACCCACACCUAUGGCAUUUGCAGCUCCUAGAAACAUGGACGGCCCCAAGCUACAGACCAAGAUGAGCACAUGGACUCCACUGAAUCAUCAGCUCAUGAAUGACAAGGUAUUUGAAGAAAGAAGAGCCCUGCUUGGAAAAUGGUUUGACAAGUGGACAGAUGGUCAGAGGCGGAGGAUCCUGGUGGACCUGUUGGAACGCUGCUCCCUGUCACAGCAGAAAUUCUGUGCCAAACAGCUACAGGAUCGAGUCCCCACUGAGGCUCUAGAUUUUACCACAAGGCUUCCUAGAGUCCUAUCUUUAUACAUCUUUUCCUUCCUGGACCCAAGGAGCCUCUGUCGAUGUGCACAGGUGAGCUGGUACUGGAAGUACCUGUCUGAACUGGAUCAGCUCUGGAUGCUGAAAUGCCUGCGUUUUGGCUGGUACAUCAACUUCUCUCCAACCCCCUUUGAGCAAGGAAUCUGGAAGAAACAUUACAUUGAGAUGGUGAAAGAGCUGCGUGUCACAAGACCAAAGACUCCUUCAAAGGAUGAGUUUGUAGUUAUUGAUGUGCAACCAGUAAAAAGCAACAUCUCAGAGGCAAAACUUUCUGUGUCAGGAAGGAGGACAAGCAAGGAGAAAAAAGAGCUCCCACCGUGGCGUUCAUCAGACAGGCAUCCUACAGACACCAUCCGAUUCAACUACCUCGACAACGACGAUCCCAUCGAGCAGGCUAGGCGGGCCAGGAGCAGCGAGACCCCACCUUCCACUCUCGAGUGUUCCUGGAAUGAGGCUUUCAGUGGAGGUGGCAGCGGGAGCCAGUGGGUGGCUCAGCUAUCAGUUUCUGCAGAUCUUGACUCUGUUCCAAAACCACCAGUUCGUCCCAGCUGGGCCACUCACCAGUCAACUGGGAACCUGCCCUCCAAAGCAGCCGCAAAGACCCUGGCCCAGAGCUCCCAGUGGAACGCCGGGAUACGACCAGCACCUGUUCGAGCUCCGGUGCCAAAGCCACGUGAAAGAGGAAGGAAAGACUUGACAAACACCAGCUCUCCAUCAUCUCCACUGUUUGAGGCUCAGCCCUGGCACAUUCCUCCAUCUAACACAUCUGACACAGAGUAAGGAAGGAUCCAGAAUAUCUUCCAUCCCAGCAGAACAGAAGGUCAUCUGCCUGGCGCUGGGGAAACAACAGCAACGUUAACCGAGUCACGGAUUGCGCUCGCUGAAGAACACGUGCUUUUGAGUCCUUCAUAAGGAUCCAGCUUUUUUUUUUUUCCUCAGCUGUUGCUAGAGAAGACUUUUUUCAUUGACCUCACCACAUAAUAAAAAGAAAUGGGAAUGGAGGUCCUUCAUCUAUCCUUAGGUAGACUGGCCAAAAGAAAUCUUAACUGCCUUUAAGCCAGUUUAGAUAGAAAGGUGUUGGAGCAAAGGCUUUAUACUUUU